AUGCUUUUUUGGAUUGGCCGCCACGCUCUUGCAAGAGUUGCGCCCGCGGUGCGUGUCGCCGGCGGUGGUGCCCGCCAGCUGAGUUGCUCGGCCCUGCUGCUGCCGCCCAAACGACGGGCGGCGGCGGCGGCGGCGGCCGGAUCCGCCAGGGCCGCCACACGGGGGGCGGCUGCUGCGCCAACGCGGACGAAUGACCCCUCGCCGCGACGCCGGCAGCGACAAACAACGGAGGAAAGUCAUGGCAGCGAAGCCGUCGAGCCGCGAGUCCCGCGGGCCUCCUCCACAGCACCCCGCGCAAAAAAGAAGCUGAAGGAGGUGCAGGCUGUGGCCGAGGCAGUGCGCCAUCAACACACCCCCAUUGCAGGCGACGAGAAGAAUGCGACUGCCAAAGCGAACCUCACCGUUGACGUCCUCCGCGUUGUGGAGGAAUGGGGGGCGGCGUGCGCAAAGGUGCGGCCGGAGGAUGGGGAUAAUGGGGAGGCCCAAGGCGAAAUUAAGAAUGCCGCUUCCCCCGUGCCGGUGACGGACAGCAAAAAAGGCAGAACCCAACUAGGGGCCGCUGCUCUUGCCGCGCUGCUCGCCCGGGCUGCGAAGAUGCCAGAUGAAUACCCAACACUUCACUGCGUGCUGCAGGUUUACCAAGAGAAGCAUUCCUCUCGAAAUGACGUGGUGGUGCUCCACGCAGCCGAGAUUGUGCGUAACGUGGAUCACCUCUCCACCCUUGUUGCUUUUUUGCGACUGUGUCGUACGAGUGCCUCAAGCAGUACUCCGGUAUACGAGGCAGUCAUGGGGGAGCUUGUGCAGGCCGCGACGCGGUUGUGGCACGAAGGGGCAAAUAACGCCAACAAAGGCGAGCAGGAUGAGGCUGUUUUGCGGACCACGCUGAUGUGGCUUUCCUUGGAGCUCCGCAGGAAUUAUUUUGAGGUGCGUCCCAAGGUCCCGAGGACAUCAGACGUGCCCAAGGGAGGCGCGAAAAAGAGAGGGGAGAAAAAGGGUGCCUCCUUUGAACACAGGGAGUGGUUAGAGGAGACUACCCGGCGGUUGCUUGCAGAGGUUGCCGUCUCCACCUCCGACUGCAUCGUCCGGGAAGCGGCUGGUCGUGAACUACGAACCCUAACCGAGGGUGUGGUGAAUAUGUCUCUUGUUCUUCUUACUUCCGCCAUGGCAAGUGAAGUACAACUUUACGCCGCACAUGCAGAAGCAUGGGAACGGGGAACUUCCCAAAUUCGUGAGGCCAUAGACGUCUACCUGAGUCGCAGCUCAUCCGAGGAGACGCUGAAAUUCAGUAUGAAGCGGGUGCGGGCGCACGGGUUUGACUUGCUAGAUGCGCUCUGUUUUUUGGCCAUGGUGGACACCGCCCUUUCCCCCAUCCUGCGAGAACGCUUGAAGCGCAGCGCGGCUGACUGUUUUCUAAAGCUAUGUGGUGCUGUAGAGGCACGACCGGCUGUAUUUACGGAGGUGCUUUGCACCCCAGAAAUGGCACAACGUGUGCGGGCGUUGCCUUCAAAAGACCUUGGCGAGGCCACCCAGGCAGCCAUCUUCACAGGUGCAGCACUCUUUUGCGAGCGUGCCGAUGACGCCGCGGUGGACCAGAUGCUGCACAACGUGAGGGUGGUGCAAGGCUCGUCUGAUAGGCAAAAAGAGGAUGUCUGCGUUGACGCCGAGGAAAGGGAUGCGGAGGGUGCGGCGGAGCCGUCUCCGCGGUCGAGACGUGCAAGCAUCGCAUACGGACUCUUCGCUGCCGGGUUUGACCCCGAGGCAGUGCUGAGUAGCGGACUCUGCGUUGGGCAUAGCGCGAUGGAGGUGCUUGAGCUGCUGCACGCCGCUGCUUUUUUCUCGCAAUCGUUCGCCCUUUCCCCGCUGCCCACGCGGCUCUCGUUGCUGCUCACCACGGAGAGCGCUGCUCUGACAGAGGCGCGCAUUCGUGCAGAGAACCGUGCAGGAGCGGCAACAACCGAAUGCCUUGAGGGACCGAAGCCUCUUGCGGAGCUGCUAGAAAACCCUCCCCGUGUGAAGGAUAAGGGGGUAGGGGAAAGUGACGCUAUUGUAGCCCUUGGGACUGUUUUUUAUUUGUCGCUUGAAACCGCCGUGGAACUCCUUGUACGGGGGGAGGAAAAGAAGCUCAGCUCGCAGCUUCCGCGGCUGCUGGCGCUGUUGGAGUGGGAGGGAUCCUACCAUUACCUCGUCGACGGGCUGUCUUUCCUGAUUGACGGAUUUGUUGGGCGCUUCCGCAUCGCUGGGCAACGCCAGCACGAGCGGGCGGACCCAAAAUGGAGCACUACCUCCAUGGAGGUUGAGCGCUCCUUGUCGGAAGUGACAGCGCUUUUCGUCCCACGUCUUGUUGAGACGGUGCAGAGGCGCUUGGCAAAAACCAAGCGUGCAAGUGCGAUGAGUGACGCCGAGCAAAAGGAAGCGGCGCAGUUGCUGCAGGAAAUUUUGCGUUUCACCGUCUACGUGGCUGCAUGCGGCAUGAAUGGGACGACAGCGAAGCAACUCGUUGGGCUGCACACCAUGGUUGUCAAGGCACUCACCUCGGGUGCCUCCGACGCCAGCCUCGCAUCGCUCUCAGAGACGGUGAUACGCAUGAAUAUUCUUGUCUCGCAUGUGACGGCAAAGCAACGGGAGUUUGGGGUCGCGCGUCACCCUGGAUCGACUGGACUGCGGCACUGCAGUAUUUUCCUCAACGACGUCGUUGCUGCCCACCUAAAGCCGAUUGCUGCGGUGAUUCGUCGCGGCGGUAAUAUUGCGGUGGCUCAAGAUCGUUACCAGGUGCUCUCCAUUGUGAGUCUCCUCUUCCGACUCGUUUCGGAGUACACCGUGGAGGCGGAGCCGGCGGAGUUAAGAGCGUUCCGCACCGACGUUUUAGACCCCGCACUGACGCGUGUUCUGCAGCAGCAAAACAAUGGGAAUGUGGCGUCCAACGAAACGCUUGACCUUGACGCACUAAGCGAAAUUACGGUGGUGAUGUGCGUGCCGCAUACAAUUCAUCACCUUUCGUCCCAACUGUUGGAGCAACUCGCCGCCGCUGUGACUGUGGCGGCGCCGAGGCAGUUUAAAUUGGCUCGUACGGGGGAGCAACGACGGUACGCCAGCAAGACGGCGGCGCGGUUGCUCGUCUCUGCCGCCGCGGUUUGCCAGCUCCGACAGGACGAGCUGACGGCACUGUACCUCUCCGUGGUGCAGGCGUUAGGGCCACUGCUGCUUCCGGCCGAGAUUUCAGCGGUGCUGUGGUCUUUUGUGACGUUCCAUGUGCCAUCAGACAGCGACGCCGUUGCUGAACUGCGCACCCGCCUCACGGCAGAGGCAGGAGCGGCAAACUCACUCUUGUCCGUGCCAGAGACAAUUUCGUCGCUGCAAGCGCUUUGUGAGCUGGAGGACACAAUUCGGUUUGCCUAUCCGGCCAUCCUGCGGCGGAUUAUUCACUCAGAGUACCAGUUAACACCGGGGGAGGUUGGCAUCGUUGUGCGCGUGGCGACGCGGCUGCAACAACUACGCGGUACUCUUCCAGAGGAGGACUUGGCGUUUCUCCAAGAGCUUCCAAUCUCUCUUGCGGAAGUUGCCCUGCGAGUUCGUCAGCAGUGUUCAGCGUCGGAUCUUCCGCUCGUGUUGCAAGGGUUUGCCCAGCUAGAUAGGGAGCGUUACGGUGAUCUAAGGGACCGGGUCAUGAAGGCGUACAUCCUUCGCACCAUUCAGGUCCGCCCACUGUUGGGGCCAAAGGAGGUCGUUGAGUGUCUGGAGAGUUAUGCGGCGGCACGGGUGAGUCAUCAGUACCUGUUUGGCGUUCUCCUGGCACGUGUGGCGGACGUCAAGUUAAAAUUCUCAUUGCCCCUCGCAGUGCGUCUCGUGCGGUGCGGGGUGAACACUUCGUGGGACAAGAGCGUUCAGACGGCGUGCCUUACGGCGGCGAAGCCGGUAUUUCUCGCACUUGUCCGUCACAUACUGCAGAGUGAUCCUGCCUCGCUUCCCGCCGUGGCAAGCAACGCCGUGGUGGUGCUGCAGUGCCUCACCGAAGCCUUCCCCAACGACCCCACAAGCGAUCUUCUGCUGCAGAACAUGGCGUCACACCACACCGCCCUCUCACUCGCUACAAUGAUGGCAGUGCUUGAAUUGAUUGCAAGAAGGAGUUCCACUGAGUACAACAUUUUGCGGCGCAUGGCAGAACAUGCCACCACAGUACUUUUUCCACAGACCUCCCCUAGGGCGUUUGCGGAGCUGACUCGACUAUUUGUACGGUGUGGCGUGCGAUCUCGCAUGUUGUUUGCGGCCGUGUCGCAGCGUUUAAAGGAGAUUAGCAACAAAUGUGAUGCCGACGUGUUAACAACCCUUGCGGAGGCUUUUGCCGUCGCCCACGUUGACCUGGAACACGAUGUCAUUACAACCUUUCUCGAACGCACAGUGGCUAUUGCAGAAGAAAGGGACCCACACUUUGAGUUGCACCACUGCGUCGGUGUCCUCAAGCUGCUUGCGCAUCUGGAGGCCAACGAGGCCGCACGCGCCACCACGCUUCUUCUUGGAUGCGCCAGAAGAGCAUUAGAGGCGGCGGAAGCGUCCCGCGGCGGCGCCAAGCUGCAAGAAGCCCAAGACGUUGAUGUUCUUUUGUCGGCCUGCCUUCGGGCGGGUCCCGCGCGGCACCGCCCUCUUGCGAGGCACUGCGCUGAUGCAUUGCUGGUGAUCCUGCUGGCGGACCGCGCCAGGGACGAAAAGAGCUGCGGCGACUGGCAGGUCGACCUCAUGCUCGUUGUCCAGUUGGCCAGUCACAUGGUGCGGCUGGGGCUGGGAAGUCAUCCUGCGGUUCCGCAUCUUUUCGACGCCCUCUACGAGAAAAGGAGCGCACUCAUGCGACGUCGCCUUUUGCUGCAAACAACCACCGAGACCAUUCAGACGGCGGGGGAGGACGCGCAUCAACAACUCUACGCUCUUCUUGUGCAGGGCAAACUUGUGGCCUGA